AUGCCCUUACCGUUAUCGGAGAAGGAGAUGCAAGCAUUGACCGAAGAGGGAGAUUGGGCGAGGGAGGGCGAGCUGCCCAGGGAGGUAGGCGCUGCUGGUUUUAGGCGUGCAGGUGUGAGCGUCAUUAGCGGGCUCGCAGCAAAAGAGGUUCAAGUCAGUGGGCGAGUAGCCCACACAGUCGACGUGCAGGACAGGACAGCGCAGUGCAAGGCAGCUGCGGAGCACUGGGUUCAGGCUGCUAUUCUGGUGUCGCAAGCUACCCAAUCAGAUGGGGGAACAAACCAGGUGGUCCAAACUAGUGGAAGACGG